GAAAACCAGGGGGCACUGGUGGUGGUCUCCCUCACAUGACUCCUCAGCUACCACCUGCUUCCCCUCCCCCCUCCAUUUUUUUCGAAAAGGCCCCUCCCUCUCCAUGUGGGUGGCCUUGAGCUUUGCUUAGAUCACAGCUGUGUUCAUUGGUUGAUCCCCACCUUGUUCCAGCUCUGAGCUUUGGAGGAUCCGUGCUGUCACCACCUGGGGAUAUCUGUGUGUGGACGCUGAGUAGUGAGCUCCUUUCAUCAGCUUUGUUACCCCCUUCUUGCUGGAUCUGGCUUACAAGAUCCAACCUUUCUUGCCCCCUUUUGCAAAGAUCCUCGCUUUGGUGGUUCUUGGAUAUUGCUGGGAGGAUGCAGCACGACCAGAAGAAGAAGGCACCUUCGGAAAUGGAUUUUUUCACAGAGUAUGGUGAGGGAAGCAGGUACAAGAUAGAAGAGGUCAUAGGAAAGGGGAGUUACGGUGUGGUUUGCUCUGCGCUAGACACUCAUACUGGUGAAAAGGUUGCUAUAAAGAAGAUAAAUGACAUCUUUGAACAUGUGUCUGAUGCAACACGGAUACUUCGUGAGAUCAAGUUGCUUAGACUCCUGCGGCAUCCCGAUAUUGUGGAAAUAAAGCAUAUUCUACUUCCUCCAUCAAGGAGAGAAUUCAGGGAUAUAUAUGUUGUUUUUGAACUCAUGGAGUCUGAUUUGCACCAAGUUAUAAAGGCUAACGAUGACUUGACCCCAGAGCAUCAUCAGUUUUUCCUGUAUCAGUUGCUUCGAGGAUUGAAAUAUAUACAUACAGCAAAUGUAUUUCAUCGAGAUCUCAAACCAAAAAAUAUUCUGGCGAAUGCUGAUUGUAAGCUCAAAAUAUGCGAUUUCGGCUUAGCAAGAGUGGCUUUCCACGAUACUCCAACUGCCAUCUUUUGGACGGAUUAUGUUGCAACUAGGUGGUACCGAGCGCCUGAGCUGUGUGGAUCUUUUUUCUCCAAGUAUACACCUGCGAUAGAUAUAUGGAGUAUUGGCUGUAUAUUUGCAGAACUAUUAACGGGGAAACCUCUUUUCCCUGGGAAAAAUGUGGUACAUCAACUUGAUAUAAUUACAGAUCUCCUGGGAACACCUUCUCCAGAAGCAAUAUCUAGGAUUCGAAAUGAGAAGGCCAGGCGCUACUUGAGCAGUAUGAGGCGGAAAAAGCCUAUAGCGUUUACGCAGAAGUUCCCAAAUGCAGAUCCACUUGCACUAAGUUUGUUAGAGCGAAUGCUAGCUUUUGAGCCAAAAGACCGGCCAGGUGCUGAAGAGGCUCUUGCUGAUCCGUAUUUCAAGAAUAUAGCCAGUGUGGAUAGAGAACCUUCUGCACAGCCUGUCACAAAGCUGGAAUUUGAGUUUGAGAGGCGGAGAGUUACAAAGGAAGACAUAAGAGAGCUCAUAUAUAGGGAAAUUCUGGAGUAUCAUCCGAAUAUGUUGAGAGAAUUUGUUGAGGGAACCGAGUCAAGUGGUUUCAUGUAUCCAAGUGCAGUAGACCAUUUUAAAAAGCAGUUUGCAUACCUUGAAGAACAUUAUGCCAAGGGAUCUACAGGAACUCCACCUGAGAGGCAACACAGUUCAUUGCCACGGCCUUCUGUUAUCCAUUCGGAUAGUCGACCGCAAAGCACAGCCAACAUCACUGAGGAUCUUUCCAAGUGUUUAAUCAGGGAAAAUACACAACAUUCUUUUUCAGUUGGUUCAAAUAAAUUUCCACUCCACGUUCCUCAAGGUGCUGCUGCGAGGCCUGGUAAAGCGGUUGGUUCAGUGCUGCAGUACAACUCCUGUCCAACAUCUGCUGCUGAGCAAUAUGAGCAACGAAGGGCUGCUAGACACCCAGCAGUUGCUCCAAACAAUGUCCCUUCUGGAAGUUCAUUCCCCAGAAGAAAUCAGACAUGCAAGAGUGAGACAGGGGACGCUGAAAGGAUUGACGCGAACCAAGCUAGGCAGCCAAAGCCGUAUGCAGCAAACAAACUACCUGCUACAGUCGAUGGCCGUGGUGGCCAUUGGUAGAUUUCCACAGUGCACCAUAAAACCCUUUCUUAACAUGGCAUCAACAUGGGUUACUUAUGCUAAGUCCUACAUUCUGACAAAUUCAGAGAUGUAGUUCUGUACAGACCUGUAUUCUUUCCCUAGAUUCCUAAAUUCUUAAAGGCGGUAAAACUGUACUUGAAUUUGCAUGGUU